GGGGUCGAAGCGAUCGAUCGAAGCAAACGUUUUUUCCGCGGAAAAAAAAAAAAGUAAAUAAAAAAGGAUUAGGGCGACGAAGAAGAAGAGCAUCUCUCUUCGAUCUUUUCGAUCUCUUCGAUUCAACCCCCCCGAUCGAAUUCCUCCGUGUGAGAUCGCCACGAUGAGUUUCCUCUUCGGGAAGAAGAAGACCCCUGCGGAGUUACUGAGAGAGAACAAGAGAAUGUUGGAUAAAUCUAUCAGGGAAAUAGAAAGGGAGAGGCAAGGUCUUCAAGCCCAGGAAAAGAAGCUUAUUGCGGAGAUUAAGAAAACUGCUAAACAGGGCCAGAUGGGAGCUGUAAAAGUAAUGGCAAAAGACCUUAUUCGUACCAGGCAUCAGAUUACAAAGUUUUAUGCUCUCAAGUCACAGCUGCAAGGAGUAUCUCUUCGAAUUCAGACUUUGAAAUCGACCCAAGCGAUGGGAGAAGCCAUGAAAGGAGUCACUAAGGCGAUGGCCCAGAUGAACAGGCAGCUGAAUCUGCCUGCACUGCAGAAGAUAAUGCAAGAAUUUGAACGGCAAAAUGAGAAAAUGGAAAUGGUCAGCGAGGUGAUGGGAGAUGCUAUAGACGAUGCCUUGGAAGGAGACGAGGAAGAAGAAGAAACGGAAGAACUCGUGAGCCAGGUGCUCGAUGAAAUUGGGAUCGACGUUAAUUCAGAGCUUGUCAAGGCCCCUUCGUCGGCGGUGGCUAAACCAGUUGCAGCUGGGAAGGUUGCUCAAGCGGAAGGAGCCGCGGGCGAAGACACCGGAAUAGACGAUGAUUUACAGGCAAGGCUAGAUAAUUUGAGGAAAAUGUAAUCUUUAUGUACUCAUCUGACUCGUCCGAUGAAACAAGCCAAUAAACUUAGCUUCAUGUACCAUAGCCAUCACGAAUUAUUUCUCAUAAUAUUACUCCCAUGCUUGCUAUUUUAAGAUGCGUGUACGAAGUUUUUCA